AUGAUAAUUAGUUUAAAAAGCAAGUUAUCAGAUGACAUUAAAUCUCUGUACGAAGAACCCUACGGCGCGGACGUUACGAUACAAGUUGGAGAGGGAUCUGCCUCCAAAAUUUUUCGCGCACACAGAUUAAUUCUAUGUGCGCGUUCGCCGUAUUUUAGUAGAGAAUUAUCUUGCGAUAAAGACGCUCAAGAUGCCUCAGAGGAAAAAAGUUCGUUUGCAAUGAUCAUUGAGCAAAUCCAGCCUUUGAUAUUUGAGAUUCUACUCCAAUAUAUGUACACGGGAAUUAUUGAUAUGAAAGAUGACUUGAACAUCUGUCUUGAAACAAUCGAUGCAGCAUAUUGUCUGGAGCUGACGUACUUGGCAGAUAAAAUUCAGAAUUCUUUAACUAAGAAUGAAAAUCUUAUACAAGAGCAUAUUGUAAAAGCAAGUCGAACAGCUUCAAAACGAGAUGAUCUGAAAAUUCUUGACGACUUUUGCAAGAAAUUUGCCGAAAACUCACCAGAAGUCAUAUUUGCAGCAAAAGAUUUUCAAGAUAUAGACAACGAAACCUUGGUUAAGUUAUUAGAGCGCGAUAUUGAUUUAUCGGAAGAUAUAAUAUGGGAACGAGUCCUCCAAUGGGGGGCAUCGAAAAGAGCGGAUCUAAGACUUGACUCCGUAAGGGAUUGGUCUGCUGCGGACAUAGACUAUAUGAAGGAGGUUCUAAAAGACUGUAUCCCGCUCAUACGGUUCUUCUACAUAGAAGAAAAUGAAUACCUGGAAAAAGUUUUACCGUUUUUGCAUCUGCUGCCUAAUCAGCUGUGGAUGGAUAUCGUAGCAUUUAAACAGACUGGUGGACAAUAUAAACCAAUAUCGACAGUGUUACCUCCUAGAAAGAGAAAUAUAGCAAGCAGUCACCGGGGUCCUGAUGUUAAGGAAGAGCGUACAUGUGAUCAAAAUUAUACAACAUUGCCGAGUGAGGCGAUUAGCACCAAAAACAACGAAAAAAUUGUACCUUUUGAUGGCCUAGUGUCAUCAAUUCUUACACUGAACCAAAAACAGUGGCUAGUACAAAAUAUUGCCUCAAGGUUUGACAGACAGUAUUGGCAUUCGGUGGAAACUACCAAAAUCAAAGCUACGCUUCUUUUUAAAGGUAGUGCCCACGAAUAUAAACCGAGUAAGUUUCAUAAAUAUUGUGAUAACCAAGGCCCUACUCUUUCGAUCCUUAGCAUUAAGGGGGAGGGAAAUGAGAUUAUUGGAGGGUACAAUCCUUCAAACUGGACAAAAAAUGGAGGACAUGCAAGGGCGCCUGAAAGCUUUAUCUUUGCGUUACGUGAUGACGGCAAUAUUAUUAGUUGUUGUGAUGAUGUUAAUUAUGCUACGUAUAAUAAUGCAUCAUAUGGGCCGAGCUUUGGCAAGACCGAUUUAAUAAUUAACCAAAAGUUCUCCACCAAAAACAGCAGUGCAGAACAAUCAUCGUAUUCUAAGCCCAUUCGGGAAAGCAAAACUUUUGCCGUUCGAGAGAUUGAAGUAUUCAAAAUCAGCAUUUAG